CUUCCGCAGGUCCUCCUUCAUCAUGGGCUGUUCCCUACCGCACCUUUACAACCUCGUAUGGCAGUAUCUGUUGAUCUACUCUCCUUUUAUCGCGCACUUUUCGAGCGCUCUUGUGAUGCAAUCAAUGCUCUCGCAUCGGCUCUCAAAACGCACUAUUCACGCAGAGGUUUUCAAGUUACUGACUCGGAGGUAAGACAUAUUCAUAUGAGAUAUCACAUCACUGAACUAGCCCCAAGGGUGAAAUCGUGCAGGACCCAUUUCGUCGUGGUCUAG